AUGAAACUUCCAUUUCUUUUCUUUCUCUAUUUCAUUCAACUUUUCUUCUUCGUUCAUUAUUCCUUUUUAUCUCUUUCUUUUUAUUUUUUUAUUAUUAAUUGUUUCGUUCUUCUUUCAUCUCUCUAUAUUUUGUUCGCCGUUUUAUUCAUUCAUAAUUAUUUCACUUGCUCACUUAAUUUCGUUCAUAUUUCUAUACAAUACUCGAAUAUGAUCUCUCUUUUACCUAUUCUUAAGUUAUUAACGUUUCUUUAUAAAAUUGGUAAUGAUUUUUCUUUUCUGUUUUUUUUAUUCCAUUAUACCUUAUUUGUCUUCCUUUAUUUCUUUUACUGUUUUAUUUUUUUCUUUCUUUUACUGUCUUAUCCUUCGUUUUCUUUCUUUUUUUACUGUCAUAUUCUUUGUUUUUCUUUUCUUCCUUUCUUUUACGCUCUUAUUUUUCGUUUUUUUCUUUCUUUACGGUGUUAUUCUUGUGUUUCUCUUUCUUUAACGGUCAUAUUCUUUGUUUUUCGUCUCUUUCUUUCUUUUAUUGUCUUUUAUUUAAUCUUUUCCGGUUUUUUUUUCUUUUAUUUCUUUUUUUCAUACUAUUACCGACUUAUUUUUAGUUUAGCUUUUGCUUUUCUUUCUUUUUACUGUCUUGAUUUUUUUUUUCUUUCUGUUGAUGUGUUAUUUUAUGUUUUUCUAUUAUUCUUUUUCAUCUUACUUUUUUGUUUUUCUUUCUUUCUUUUAAUGUCUUUUUUUCAUUCUUUUGCUGCCCUUUCUUUUUUUUUACGAUUUAUUCUUUGCUUUUCUUUUUGGGUUUUUCAUUCUUUUGCUGAUUUGUUUCCUUUCUUUUUUCUUUUACGAUCUUAUUCUUUGCUUUUCUUUCUGGUUUUUUCAUUCUUUUGCUGA